AUGAAAGGCCUUCCAAGCCCGCGCGGCGGGGGCGAGAAGCAGAGCUUCCUGCGCGAUGGCGGGCAGGGGCAGCAGCAGGCGGUGCACUCGCCUCAGCAGUUGGCUCAGCUGGCGGCGCACCUGCAGUCCCAGCUUGGGGGUCAAUCAGGUGGGGGAAAUGGGGGCCCUCAGGGCAGUCAGUUAGGUGGGCAGAAUCAGGUUAGACAGAAGAUGCAGCAGCAGCAAAUGCAGCAGCAGCAGCAGUUGAAGCAGCAGCAGCAAAUGCAGCAGCAGCAGCAGCACUUGCAGAGGCAGCAGGGCAUGCGGCAAGGCCAGGUGCAAGGGCAGCAGCAGCAGAUGCACAUGCAGCAGCAGCAGCAGCAGCAGCAGAUGCAGCAAAUGCAGGGGCUUUCCUCCCCUCCUCACAGCAGCCCGCCAGCACCGAUGAAUCAAAGGCACAUGUUCCAGCCGCCUCACCAGCAGCCGCACCAGCUGCAGCAACAGCAAGGGGGAGGAGGAAGGGCGAUGGGGGGAGCAGGCGGGGCGGGGGGGCAGCUGCAGGCGCCUGGGGAGAUGCUCGGGCAGGGAGUUGCAGGAAUGGGGGGAAUGGGAGGGAUGGGUAUGGGUAUGGGUAGCAUGGGAGGAAUGGGAGGGAUGGGGGGCAUGGGGGCGAUGGGGGGUGUGUUGCAGGGAAUGGGAGCAGGCAAUGCUGGUGCAGGGAGGGCGGGCUCCUUCCAAGUUCAGUUUUGA